AUUUUUAGAGGACGAAGCCACGCAGUGUUGAAGUCUGCACAGCUCCACAAAGACGGAGUUAUGGGACCAAAUAAAUGAUCUGAAAAUGGCUUGUCUUCAUUUUAUUUCAAAUAAAGGGAUAUUUUAGACCGACAUAAUCAUCUUGUUCUCAGCUGUAUUUUGACGGGAGGUUUUGCCAGAGACAGACAGCACAUCAAAGCCGAGCUGGUUCAUCGAUGGUUGGGAAGGGCUAGCCACCACUGACAGACAAAGAGCAGCAGACACCCCGAGCACAAAGGAACAAUGAGCAUGCUUAAACCGAGCGGGCUGAAAGCUCCCAGCAAGAUCAGUAAAGCAGCAGGCACUGCAACCAAAACCAGCACCGCCACUGCUCCAGUGAAACAAGCCUCUGUAGACAAGACCUCCUCAAGCCCCCCGUCGGCGUCUCAGGAGGACUUUGUGGAUGAUUUUCACGUCGGUGAGCGAGUCUGGGUCAAUGGAAACAAACCCGGAUUCAUUCAGUUCCUGGGGGAGACUCAGUUCGCCCCUGGCCAGUGGGCAGGAAUCGUUUUAGAUGAAUCGAUAGGGAAAAACGAUGGCUCUGUGGGCGGGGUGCGAUACUUUCAGUGCGAAGCCCAGCGAGGCAUAUUUACCCGGCCGUCCAAGCUGUCCCGGAAUCCCCUAGAGGAUGGCGAGGCCAAUGGCACACAGACAGCCCCCCAGUCUAGAAGCACAUCUCCCACACGCGACCCUGCCAGUGUGUCCUUGCCGCCACCAGCAUCUUCCACCUCCGCUGCUCAAAAGACAUCAACCACUCCCGUCACGCCCACCACCCCAGUGACCAACCUGGCAAGGACUGCCAGCGAGUCCAUAUCAAACCUAUCUGAGGCUGGCUCCGUAAAGAAAGGGGAACGGGAGUUGAAAUUCGGGGAUCGUGUCCUGGUUGGAGGCACAAAGGCUGGAGUGGUGCGAUUCCUAGGAGAUACAGACUUUGCGAAGGGAGAGUGGUGUGGAGUCGAGCUUGAUGAACCUUUGGGAAAGAAUGAUGGGGCAGUGGCUGGAACCAGGUACUUCCAGUGCCAGCCCAAAUAUGGGUUAUUUGCACCAGUCCAUAAAGUAACAAAGAUUGGAUUUCCAUCUACAACGCCAGCCAAGUCAAAAACACCGGCACGGAAAGUGCUACCUACCCCGUCAGGCCUGAAACGAAGCCCCAGCGCCUCCUCCAUCAGCUCCCUCAGCUCAGUUGCUUCUUCAGUGGGAGGCAAACCCAGCCGCACUGGCCUGCUCACAGAGACCUCAUCCCGCUAUGCAAGGAAGAUCUCGGGCACCACAGCCCUGCAGGAGGCCCUGAAGGAGAAGCAGCAGCACAUCGAGCAGCUCCUGGCCGAGCGGGAUGUGGAGAGAGGCGAGGUCGCCAAGGCAACCAGCCACGUGGGAGAGAUCGAGCAGGAACUCUCGUUGCUCCGAUCAGGCCAUGAACAGUAUGUGUUGGAAAUGGAGUCUAAGAUGGACCAGCUGCGCACGCUGGUGGAGGGUGCAGACAAGGAUAAAGUGGAUCUGGUCAACCAGCUGGAAGAGGAGAAGAGGAAGGUAGAGGACCUGCAGUUCCGGGUAGAGGAGGCUUGCAUUACCAAAGGAGAUCUGGAGGUAAACAUUCCUCUGCAUUGCCGACCCCCAGCUGUUCUAGAACACUUAGCACACGCCAAAUGGAAGAGAGAUAUAGGGAAUUGCAGAAAAUAAAGAAUUUACAAAACAAAAUCAACGUCCGUUCCAGAAAACCAAAGUGUCUUUACUGAGCUUGGAGCCUAAAGCUGAGAGGCUGCAGUGAGGGCAACCCUUCUAACCCCUGUUAAUGAUUCCUUUUUACCACUCGAAUGAGAGAACAACUAAAUCUUGCUUUGCUUUUUUAAUACCUGAUUUCCAAUGAACAUCGCAAUUAUUAAAAUUAACUGAGGAUCUAGAACGUCAAAACUGGCAGUCUUUGGUUUUACAGUAAGAGACACUGUUUUUCGAGGGAGGGGGGGAAAGUGUUUUGCAAGUAAACCCCAUUUUGAAUUUUAGUAAAAUUGUUCAUAGUUUAUAACCUGAAAGGGAGAAUUAGAAGAGUGUAAAGCAAAUUUGAGAUUGUAAUUCAGAAACAAAAUCUGCUGCUAAUUUGUUGUGCAAACAGUGCUUAUCAUUUCUGUAGAGAUUUCUAAAAUAUUUAUAAUUUUAGUAUUAUUACUUUUCUGAAUAUUGCCCAAGCUCUCGGAUACACUGGCUCUCUUACCCAAAUCAUUUAAGGGAAUUAUACUGGGAGACGCACGUAAAAUAAAAGCAUCUCUGGGUCCUUGAGGUAUGUAAGGGAAAAGUAACAAUAUUUCUGGAACACAUAACAUAUAUGAUGGUACAACGUUUUACACAGAUUUGCUGAUGAGCUCAGAAAAUUGCCAGGAUUGCUCCCCUAAAAAGGGCUGCCAAAGGAACACACUACUACUUAGUGGACAAUGGCUGUUAGGUUAGCAAAUAAACGAGAGAAACGAGAUGUUUUAAAAGAGCCGAACUCUGCCAGUUUUCUCAGCAACAUUGGGUGUCUUCUAUUGACCUGAACAAUAGUUACUGAAAGAGGUACUCUGUGGCAUUAACAACAAUACGAACACAAAGAACCGUGGCCUUAACCAAUAGCUGAUCUAUUUAUCACUUUAAACACUCAACCUAGGAGAUUAUAUAAAAGUGACAUUGUUGAUAAACCAUUCAAUGAGAAUUCAAUACGAGUGUCUUCAUCAUCCACUUGCAUUGAAACUCAUUUGAACUUUUUCUGCACAAGAGAAUAAAAUGGGCUUUUGCGCCAUUCAUUUUGUUUUUAUAUUGCACAUUAAUAGGAGAUCAGGAGCCUGCUUUUUUUCUUUAAGAAAUUAGCUAAUCCCAGUAAUUUCAGAUCCUGAUGCAAUUUUUCAUAAUCCGCGAAGAGCAUUAAUCUUGUUAGUUUAAAAAUCAAUCAAUCAAUCAGUAUUGGGUACUGUUAGGCCAGUAGUUAUUGUAUAAAUCACAUAUAUUGUUAAAAUAUUUCCACAUCAUGCCACAGGUCCAUUCUUUCAAAGACACUCUACGUUGAACAAUUUAUAAUGCAAGACAAAUUCUUAUUAAUAUUACAAGACUAACUAAGCAGUCAGUGCUUUCAGCAUUCUCUUUAAUCAUGGUGUGCUUGUUUCUUUAAAAGCUUUGAUAAGAUUCCAGCGCAAUCUAUGUGUAAUAACUCAAUGAUGUGUGUCCCUCCCUUCAGUUAAAGUAAUACUUUAUUAC